GUGAAAUUUACCCAAUUUUGAAAGAGUGUUCUGUUCUCAGUUCCCACAUUCUAGGGUUUUUUUCCUAACCCAUCAUCCGAGACUUGUCCCUUCUCCAUCAGUUCCCCCAUCGCGUUCCAUCACCGGCGACGGUAACCCGACCAUAAACCGGCGGCCCUCGCUCCGAUCAGCCCUAUUUUUCUGUACCUCUCGGUAUCUCGCCCCGUCGUUCUCCCUCUCGAUCACAAAAUGUCUCUGUCUCUCUCGAUCUCUCUCUUGACUUCGUCUCUCUAACAUUUUACCCAGCCAUAAACUCCUUUCCUUUCAGAAGCACUCAUUCAAGCACUGGGCACUGGGCAAUCGAAGCCAUCAUUCUUACAGAAGCCCCUACUAGAAAAUCACAUUUCGAGAUUUGGAGUAUUUUCGUAACGCGUCCCCGUUCUUCUCUCGUCUUGGGGCAUUUCGGCAAUUGGCAAGUACUGCUUACUUCGGUGAAGCUUACAAUGCAAUGCCUUCAAUGAAGAAGAAGGGUGAACACAGCGCAAUUGGGAACACUUUCAACAAAUUGCUGAAGGAGAUUGGAAAUCCAAUUGAGUUUUCACUUCCGGAGUUAUUUAAUAAUUGGCAGCCUUCCUACACCUCCAUAAAGCGCAACAUCUAUCUCACUAAGAAGAUUAAGAGGCGUCUGGAGGAUGAUGGGAUAUUCUGUUCCUGCAGCUCAUCAAAUGGAGUUUCUGGUGCAUGUGGUAGAGAUUGCCAUUGUGGCAUGCUGCUAUCAACCUGCUCAUCGGGCUGUAAAUGUGGGAGUUCAUGUCUCAAUAAACCAUUCCAUUGCAGGCUUCCGAAAAAGAUGAAAUUAGUGAAGACCGAGAAAUGUGGAUCAGGGAUUGUGGCGGACGAAGAUAUUAAGCAAGGAGAGUUUGUCAUUGAAUAUGUGGGAGAAGUUAUUGACGACAAAACAUGCGAGGAAAGGCUUUGGAAAAUGAAACACCGUGGGGAAACAAAUUUUUACUUAUGUGAAAUAAAUCGGGACAUGGUGAUUGAUGCCACAUACAAAGGAAACAAAUCAAGAUAUAUAAAUCAUAGUUGCUGUCCAAACACUGAGAUGCAGAAAUGGAUAAUUGAAGGUGAAACAAGGAUUGGCAUUUUUGCUACCCGGGACAUAAAAAAGGGCGAGCAUCUAACCUAUGAUUAUCAGUUUGUCCAAUUUGGUGCAGAUCAAGAUUGCCACUGUGGUGCUUUAGGUUGCAGGCAAAAGCUGGGGGUUAAGCCUAGCAAGCCUAAGGUGCUUUCCUCAGAUGCUGCAUUGAAAAUUGUUGCAUGUCAAGUGGCUGCAUUGUCUCCCAAAGUGAAAGCAAUUCUAUCCAGAAAAGAUGUUGCUGAAGAUGGUAUUUUGGAUAUAGGAACUUCGAAAUAUGAUCCUACUCAGAGGAGAUACGCUCGCAAUUGCAUUGGUGAAGUGAUUAGAUUAGUUCGCCCCACAGACAAGAGGUCCUUUGGAGUCAUCAAACGUUUUGAGAAGAAUACCAGAUUGCACAUGGUCAUGUUUGAAGAUGGAGGUGUCGAAUUUCUUGACAUGUCAAAAGAAGAUUGGGAGUUCUGUACUUCCUGAUGUUGUGGUUUGGUAGGUCCAGUCUCAUCAGUAUGAUGUCCUGUGCUAGCCUUGGCUUAUUAUUGGAUGAAAUUACAUUUUCGUCCAGUGCUCUUUGGAAUUAUGGUCAAAGUGUCGAGUUUCUUUUAUGCAGAGAUGAAAGUGAUACUGUAUCCUGUGCAUUAUCCUUAGCUUAACCCACUGGACUUUUGUUUAAGUUGAUAGCUUGUUCUCAUAGGAGUAAUGUAGGUCUUUCACCCUUUAUGGGCGGGAGAGAGGGAAAUGCUUGUAUACAUUUUAACAUGAUUAGAUUAGAAACUUGAAGUAGACCUUUACAGGAUAAACUACUAGUCUAAUAAGCAAUUUGCAUAUGCUUGUUCAUCACACAGUUUUUAAUGUAGCAUCGUGAAUAUUGGCCCGAGAAAAAUGUUAUUUGGUUAUUUGCUGCUUUUUUACUGCA